AUGGCGUCGCGCCGGGAGUCGCGAUAUAGUUCGACCCCAUCUGAGGAGGGGGAAAUUGUUGAAUUGGGCUCAGAGUCCAAGGCACCUGUAUCGAACAGGCUUCCAAGUGGUGGCAUUGAGCGAUCGCGCGGCCAUGGUAAUUUGAAAUUCUCUCAACCCCAGUCACGCGACAUUCGCUCGCUAGCCCAGGCAACGAAGGUGAGAUCACGCUCGCGCUCCCGGUCACCUUACCGACAUGAUAAGGGCCAUAAGCGCAGGCGCUACGAGGAGCACGAGGAGUAUGAAGGAAGACACCCGGAGCGAUAUGAAUCCCAGUACAAUGACCGACAGCAUGGUCGAGAUACCCUCCGUCGAUCCCGAGGCUAUCACGAUUACGAUCGCAGCGAAAGCUAUGGUAGCGGACUUCCUUACAACGACGACGAGUACGACCACCACAAGCAGAACCGGCAGCGCAGUUUCUCCCCAUACCGUGCGCGAAAGCCGAAGCAGUACGAAGACUCGGGGCGAAGUAAUGAAUUCGUUCCCAAGCAGGAAAUGAAUGAGGCUAAAACCCCAAACUCUCCGGUGUCCAAGGAGCCCGCCUCUCACCAAGUCAAAGUGGCCGAUAAGCCAAAUGACCAGUCAACAUCUGAGGUUGUAGGUCAAACGGAGCAGGAACCACUUGACGAGGAGGCUAUCCGGGAAGAGCGCCGCAGGAAACGGGCAGCUAUCCGCGCCAAGUACCAAGCCGGAUCUGAAGCAAAAAGCCCAGCUGAAACCGAAGUCAAGAGCCGAGCUGAAACUGAGGCCGGCGUUUUGCAUCUCAAAGCGCUGCAAGUUGGUCCUGAAGUGGAAGCGUCUACUCCAGGUACUAAUGCAGGUAGCACACGAGAGACGACCGGUAUGUCUCAUGUUCACAUUCCGAUUCCAGUUUUAGAGCAAGCUGACGUGUUUCCCAAUCUAUCCACAGACUCUCCACAAAUAACGCCCGGAAAAGCUGGGCUAUCGGCCGCCGAUUACGAUCCUGUGCUGGACACGAAGGAGGAUCGAUCGAAGCAUGGCAUAACUCCCACGACCACUCAGGAUGUCUCGAUACUUCAGCUCCUAAUGCCCCCCCACCGUGCACCCAAGAAAGAUGCGUUCGAUAUGUUUGCGUUGGACGAUGACGUUGACAUGUUUGGGGAGGGACCGGAGUCGAUCGCGCCGGAGGCUGGCAGGGAGCUGGCAGCCAGCAUGAUGGACGACUGGAACGACAGCGAAGGUUACUACAAGAUACAGCUUGGCGAGCUGAUCAAGCAGCAAUAUGUCGUGAAGGAAACUAUCGGAAAGGGCGUGUUCUCCACAGUGGUGCGAGCUUAUGACAAGAAGGCUCAGAAUAUGGUUGCCAUCAAGAUCGUCCGUCAAAACGAGAGCAUGCGCAAGACCGGUUUCCGAGAAAUCGGGAUUCUGGGGAAGCUCCGCAAGGCAGACCCCGACGACAAACACCACCUGAUCAUGUACAAGCAGCAUUUCGACCACAAGGGCCAUCUGUGCAUGGUGUUUGAGAACUUGAGUAUGGAUCUGCGUACCGUCAUCAGAAAGUACGGCUUGACAAGUGGGCUGAAGCUCGAUGAUGUUCGCAAAUACGGUCGGCAGAUGUUCGUGGCCUUGAAGUUACUUCGAGCUUGUGAAAUCGUGCACGCGGAUAUCAAGCCAGACAACCUUCUUGUCAACGAGACGCGUGACUUCCUCAAACUGUGCGAUCUCGGCUCUGCAGCGCCUAUCGAAGAAGAUGAGGUCGCGCCUUAUCUGGUCAGCCGAUUCUACCGUGCACCAGAAGUCAUCCUCGGCUGCAAACGCGACUACGCGGUCGACGUGUGCAUCUCGUGUUUGCCAGCCACGAGAUCAACGACGACUGGCCGGCCCGUGAUCCGCAAUCCGGAUUUCAAGCGGCCGAUCCAGGACCUCAAGAGCCGCGUCUGGGCCAAAAAGCAACCCAGGCGUCUGGCGAAUGAGGAAGCGAAGAUGUUGGCCCACUUCGUAGACCUCUUGGAUCGAUGUCUGUGCUUGAGUCCGGAGAAGCGCAUCACUCCGGCCAGUGCGUUGGAUCACCCUUUCUUCGCGCAAGCGAAGUAA